AUGGAGGUUAAUACUACGCUAUCAGGACGCAACUUCAUAGACUUGCGCAUCUUAACGCAGAAACUUCUCUCUUCGGCGAACCGGUCCGAGCAAUUUCUGGACAAUGAAACGGAAAGCGUCUCCGAGGAGGAUUUGGACGUGAAUACAGACAUCUAUUCUAAAGUUUUUGUUACUGUGAUUUAUGUGGUGUUGUUUGUAAUCGGAUGUUUGGGGAACUCGAUCACCCUGUACACACUUCUCACGAAGAAAUCUCUUCAAAACCUCCAGAGUACGGUGCACUAUCACCUGGCGAGUCUGGCCAUAUCCGAUAUGCUCAUCUUGAUCCUCUGCAUGCCCAUUGAGUUAUACAACUUCAUCUGGGUGCACCACCCGUGGGCUUUUGGCGAGGCUGUUUGUAAAGGGUACUACUUUCUGCGGGACGGCUGCUCGUAUGCGACGGCGUUCAACAUCGCCAGCCUGAGCGUGGAGCGCUUCAUGGCCAUCUGCCACCCGUUCAAGGCGAAGAGCAUCAUGUCGCGGAGCCGCACCAAGAAACUCAUCAGCGCCAUGUGGGUCGCGUCUUUUCUCCUGGCCACCCCGAUGCUUUUCACCAUGGGACAGCGACUGAUACAUGACGAAUUUAUAUGCACCACUAUAGUGUCCUCGAUAACUGCUAAAACCGUCCUACAGGUGAAUGCCUUCCUGUCCUUUGUGAUUCCCAUGGCAGUGAUCUCAGCAUUAAAUGGAGUUAUAGCCAGUCAGCUGCUGCGCAUGUUUCGGGAGUCUGCUCAGGACAAUCGCAUCUGUAUCAUCGGAGGCAACGCUACCAUGCUCAGUGUUGCUGUUGAACCCAACCGUGCCCAAUCAAUGCGCCAUGGAGUCAUGGUGCUGCGUGCCGUGGUCAUUGCUUUUGUGGUGUGCUGGCUGCCAUAUCAUGCUCGAAGACUAAUGUACUGCUAUGUCACUGAAUGGGCACCUGCUCUCUUUAAUUUCUACCACUACUUCUACAUGGUCACCAAUGUGCUCUUUUAUGUCAGCUCGGCCAUCAACCCCAUCCUCUACAACCUCGUCUCGGCCAAUUACCGGCAAAUUUUUUUUUCCACGCUUCGCUACCUAAUUCUGCCAUGCCGCCAUAAGAAACAGAAGCGCAUUCUCACCAGACACUCUAUCAGCAUCUGCAGCAACCAGACCUUCUCCACCAAUGUCAUCAAAGAAACGAUUUACUGAAUGCUAUCAAGAUUCAGCCAUUCCAUUCCUCUAUUUCACUCAGCAAAGAAGAGACCGCUGAAGCGAAGAAUGUUUUAGUAUUGAGUUAUAAUUACAAGAAUUUAUAAUGUCCAUGCUACUGAAUCGCAUAUGGAGCUUUUAAACGUUGCAGAACUGGCACCAGAGACACUUAUUAGGGCUGGGCGAUAAUUCGAUAAUGAUAAUUAUCACGAUAUAAUUUUCCUCGAUAAAACGAUAUGAAGAGUUCGAUAAAUGUUUGAUAUAAUGCGUAUGCACCAAAAACAGAACGAAACAGCGCGACUCAUUUGAAUCGCGCCACACGGACCGUUUAUCCGCUGGGAUCACAGUUCAAUCUUUUUAUUUUUAUACAGUCUAUGGUUCAAACUGCCGCGCGGUGCGAGCUCACUAGAGCAGAUGUGUUUACUCGGUCACGCGAGCAUUAAACAGCGCUGUGAGAUCCAGUGUGAAACGCUUGAAUUCAGCGAUGAACACAAAUUACUCUGUGAUAGUUUAAAGCCAAACAGGAGAAACACUGUGUGCAACGAGACAGUCAGAAGGCUUUUCAACCUACACAUAGCCAUGAUUUACCAUGGAUUUACUGUAACGUUAGUAACACUCACUGCACCAUGGUAUUGUGGCAGAAAUGUGGGAUAUUCACACUGAAUUUCAUUACAGGAGUAAAGGUAUAUAAUUAUAGUAAGUAUGUGUGGUUAAGCUAUAGCAUGUGUGCAUUUAUACUGAAUGUUUUUAGACUACUGUUUUUCAUACAAAUAGGCUACCUAAAAACCAUAUAGGCCUAGUUAUAUUUUUACCAUGGUAUUGAGUUUGUUGUAUGUUAUUAAAACCAUAUGUGUGGUUUUAACUGUGUUUAUCAUGAUUUAAAUGUAUGCUACUAUGGGAGAACGAUGUUUAAUUAAAAAAAAAAAAAACUUGGUCAGAAUAAAUGUAUCCAUAUAAAACUGAGGUUGCUACAAUUUUUCCAUAUGUUACUGAUUUUGAUAAUGAACAAAAAAAUUUACCUCUGCUUCCUAACUCAAGCUACUAUCAAAUGUGCAUU